GUUUGAAGAGUGAAAAAACAAAGGAAAUAGAAUCCAUUCCAUUCAGCCAUGGCUACCGCGAUUUGGAGAAACGCAAGUCGUUUACGGAACCUUCAUCGGUGUGUUUAUGCCCGCAAUCUGAGCCAAUUCAGAUCCCCUAUUCCAUCGUCAACAACAAUCGCCGAUUCUCUCCACGGCCCAUCUAUCCCUUCCUUGCGACCAGCUACUCCUGUUGGAGCUGAAUUCAAAUCCUUGGGAAAUUAUCAAAGAUAUUUAUCUAAUACCACCACAACUCCUAAUGAAAAUCAAGAGAAAUCAUCUUCAUCGUCGAAAACCGAUUCUGAAGGGACGCAAAACACUGGAGGUUCGCAACAGAGCAAUGGCGGUAGUGCUGGCAAACCUGUUCGCGGCGCGCCUGUUUCAUGGUUGAGUUUUCUGUUGCUGCUUGCCACUGGAAUUGGUAUUAUCCUUUACUACGACAAUCUAAAGAAACGACAUAUUGAAGAAAUAAGUAAUGCUUCAAAGGCUGUUAAAGAAGGGCCAGCUGCUGGAAAAGCAGCCAUCGGGGGGCCAUUCAGUCUUAUAAAUGAUGAAGGCAAACGUGUUACUGAAAAGGACUUUAUGGGGAAGUGGAGUUUGGUAUAUUUUGGCUUCACUCACUGCCCAGAUAUCUGUCCAGAUGAACUGCAAAAGCUGGCUGCUGCUAUCGACAAAAUAAAGGAAAAGGCGGGAAUAGAAAUUGAGCCUGUAUUUAUCUCUGUUGAUCCUGAAAGAGAUACCGUUGAGCAAGUACGUGAAUACGUGAAAGAGUUUCAUCCAAAAUUAGUAGGGUUAACUGGUAGCACUGACGAGAUAAAAAAAGUUGCUCGUGCAUAUCGAGUUUAUUAUAUGAAGACAGCUGAGGAAGAUUCAGACUACCUUGUUGAUCAUUCCAUAGUCAUGUACUUGAUGGAUCCUAAUAUGGAAUUCGUAAAGUUUUUCGGGAAGAAUAAUGAUGUUGAUUCACUGACAGACGGUGUGAUCAAAGAGAUAAAACAGCACAAAAAAUAGAGGUACCUUUCGAGCCAAAGUUGUUUACUGGGUUCGGAAUUCGGAUUAUCCGCUGGCACGGAGAGUAACAAUUUUUUCUUACUUUCUCACGAGAUGAAUACAUGAUU